CCAGAUUUUUAAAAAUAUUUUUUGCUCAUGAUCAAUCGAAUAUCACAACCUGAUUUUCCAUGUGCAAUGUGAAAGUGCAACUUCCAACAUGACCAUUAAUUUUGAAAUCUAUCGUUGAUGAGUUAAUGUAGGUACUUAGGUACACUUUAAUUUUUUCUGUCGUUUUUAUAAAAUUGAGAAAUCAACUCAGGCAGCUCAAAGUUUGAUUCUUAGGUGUGGGUGAAAUGCUGUUUCAUUGAACAAAUUAAACUUCAGCUCAAUCGAUUGACGAGUUCUCUUAUCAGACGACUGAACGAUAUCUAGCCAUGCAGACGCACAUUGUUAUUCAAUGUUCCUCGUUGAUUCUUGAGAUAACACGAUAAGGAAUUACAAGAAACGUCGCAGCUUACCAGCGGUACAUUUUUUUCACCUUCAUCCAUAAACUAGUUCACAAUUUCAAAAUUCGAGUCUAGUGAGUGCAUAAAGUCGACCUCGUCAUAAUAUUCUAAUUUGUGUUUCACCUAUCGUAGUACCUACCUAUAAUGUUUAAACCAUUCGAACAUUUCAAACACGUGACAGUUGAGCCUUCGUUCUUCAUCUUUCUAAUCGUUUACAACUGGAUGGAAGGCUUAGAUACGAAUUUAUUUCUUCAAAAAGCCUGCCGAUUCAAUUCAACAUCCGAACCAGAUUUGAAUACCCGAUGCGACGAUGAAAGAAGAGGAAUCCUAUUCGUAACGGAAGUUGGCCUCAAGUACCACCCCAUUGUUAAUAUUAUAGCUUUGCUUACCGCAAUAUUUGCUACAUACUGGAGCGAUGAAGCUGGUCGAAGGAGAAGACCCUUGAUUUAUAUUCCCAUCAUGGGGCAAAUUUUUCACGGAUUGUCGGGUUGUUUGCAUUCAUAUUUUUGGCAAUGGCAACCAAUAACAGCUGUUAUAACACUUGAGGCAUUGAAAGGUUUAUACGCAGAUGUCUUCAUCAUGAUAUUAGCUUGUCAACUUUACGUAUGCGAUAUAUCCGGCAAAGAAAGUCGUACUAUGCGACUUGGAAUCUUGGGAACUUUCAGGAUACUUGCUAUAGUUCUAGGUAGAGGUGGAUCUGGAUUCAUUCUGCAUAAUUUUGGGUUCUUUUACACGUACUUCUUUUGUUUUGUUUUGUCUGCCGGUGGAUUAUUAUGCGGUUUAAUUUUUAUAAAAGAUACUUCGGUUCCUGUAGAAAAAAAGAUGUCUUUUUGUAACGUUUUCAAUUUGAAACGUGUGAUAUUUGAUAGUUUCAAAGUUGUAUUCAACAGAAAUUUAGGACGUAAAAGAGUUACAGUGUCGAUGCUGAUGAUUGCAAAUGUUACUGUUAAUUUCACUUAUUUUGGGGAACUGUCUGUGUUGUAUUCUUAUUUAAGGUACAGGUUCGGAUGGAAUGAACAAAAAUACAGCGAAUUCGUGUUUUUUAGACUUUCUUUAUCAUCGCUAGGAAUAUUAUUUUGCUCAGUUGUGUUGAGUAGGUGGUUGAAAAUUCACGAUGGAUUGAUAGGUAUCUUGGCUGGAUCAUUUGACACGAUAGCUAUCGUUGUUCUACUAUUUGCUGAUCAAAUUUGGCAACUUUACCUGAUUCCAGUUAUAGAUAUAUUUCAUGGAACAGCUGUGACGAUUGGUACAUCAUUCGUUAGUAAAUAUUACGAUAUUAAUGAAUUAGGUCGAUUGAAUGCUGUAAGUUGUGUUUUUUCGCUGAUGGCUUCUCCAACUUAUUCCGCUUAUAAUGCCAUUUUUCAAAAAACAUUGGAUACUUAUCCGUCUGCGUUUUGCCUUCUGAGUGUUGGAGUAGAUAUAAUCAUCGUUUUGUGUUUUUGUGGGUCUUAUUAUUUCAGUAAAAAAUUGGAUAUACUUAGAGAAAUCCACAAAUGAAGAAGUUUCAGCUGAAAAAUAAUUCAAUAAGCAUACAAUUAUUUGAAAGAAACAUCGGUAAAAUUCUGCUGAUAUUUUAUACAUAGGUAACUGAAAAUGUCGAAAAACUGAAACUUCUCUCCUACUGUGAUUUAUUAUCUGUUCACAAAUUCAUUUUAUGAAUGUAAUAUACCUAAACAUAUGUACUUAGAAAGUAAUUAAAACUUGGAAGUGGUAUCUGUUA